AUGGCACUGGAACUGUCUCAUACAAGAUCGGAAGCGAUCAAUAGCCAUGUUAAUUCCCGAAGCCUUAAAUAUGGAAAGAAAAAAGUCAAUUCGAUUCCAAGCAUUGUGAAUACUGCUGUAAAUAAAUCGAAAGUUGGAUCGUCAGAAUCUUUACCUUUGAAACAAGAUCAAAUAGUCAAGACCAAAUUUACUGUAACAAAUGAAUUAAAACAUAAAGUAAGAAAAAAUAAGGGAACUCAUGAGCCAAUUAUUGAUACCCCUGAGUUCAAACUACUUUGCAAAUUGUUUGUACCAUCAAAAUACCUUAUACAUAAUGAUAAGAUCGCCAUAAAGCAAUUAUCUAAUCAUUUGCCGUUGAUAAUACCAGGAGACAUAGAGUUAAAUAAACCCCGCCAGAGAUUAAAUUUUGAGUUGCAUCUUUUUCUUUCCUCCAUUGUUACACAUUACAUCACGUCGUGGUAUUUAAGUAAACUUAACACGGAUAAUCUAGAUUUCAUAAGAAAUGUAUAUAAUAUGCUAUCCGAGUUUUCAAAGGACUUCAUCAAGAGACUCGAUUGCAUGUUUCUGAAUGGCUUAUUUGCCUUAAUUAAUGAACUUUGCGUAAUACUAAAUGAUCAUAUUAAAGAGAUAGCUAGUGAUUCCACUAGCACUCAUGAUAUCAAACUUUUAGAUGAUUAUCUAAAAAAUAAUAUUAACAGAAAUACUAUUAAAAAUUCAUAUAAGGAUGAGAACGAAAUAAUGGAACAAUAUUUAACUAGUAAGCAUGUAAUAUUUGAAAAUAGAGGAAUUCAGAUGCCAGUGGAAACGACACUAGGGAUACAACAAUCUGAGGAUUAUAGAAUACAGUAUUUCAGAUUAAUUGCAAAGGAACUCCUUACUGUAUCGUUUAAUUCAGAUAUUAAUUAUGAUGCUACAAGUUCGGCAUCACCUUCAACGUCACACAUAACAAUGUCCUUGCUUAUAAUACUAGUGGCCGACCUUAUAUUAGAUAAUAUAUUUAAAAAAAUAUCUUCACCUCAAUUUGUGUUACAAACAAUCUUAAAUGAUUCAUUUGAUAUGAUAAACGAGUCGUUGUAUAAGAAAGAAAAUGAUGAGCUUGAAAAUAAACAGGGACUUCGAACUAUACGAAGCGUGAUAUAUAGUGGCUACAAGAAUAUCACUCGUAUUAUGAUCAGCAUGCAACUCAUAUCCGAGGCUUACGAACCAGGUAAUAGUACAAAUAUUUUAGAAAAUUGUCUUUUCCAAUUAAUUGAUACCAUUACGAACUUCUCUACGAGAAAGCCUUUGCUUGCAAGUGUUUUUCAAUUUAUGAAAAGAAUUAUUUUGGCGAACAAAAGAACCUCAAGAAUGUUUGACUCCUUCUGUAAAUGGUUUCUUUAUAAUCAACUUGCUAGAAUUCUUAAUGAUGAAUUUGGUUGCAAAUUACUAAAGACUUUGCGAGAAGGCAUAUUUGAAGAUAAUGACGACGAAAAUGAUGAUGAAAACAACGAAGAACACAAAAUUAAUAUAGAUAGCCUUACUUCUAAAAUCUAUGAAUUUUUGUCUGAUCAGUUACCUAACUCAAUAUUCUGUGGUAGUACGGUUGUCAACUCUUUCAAAUUUUCCGAUGAGUCAGACGACGAUUUUAAAAGCUCUAUUCACAAGUUUUUACUAAUCUUCAAUUACAAUGUUUCUUCGAUGGAUAAUAAUUUAAUUAACGAAGCAUGCCUCUUGAAUCAAUUACUUAUUAUUCAAUGGAUAGACUGUAUUCUUUCGACUUUAUACCCAGAAUUAGUGAAUAAACAAGCCAAUUCUUAA